UAUACUCAACCCCUCACCCACCCAUAUUCAAUUCAAUAUUCAUUCAUUCUCUCUCUGUGUCAAAUGGGACUUCUUCCAUGUCCUUUGCCUUGCCAUACAAAUGAAGAAGAAUCUGAUCCUCGAUCUCAGUCUGAAAGCCUCCAAUCAGAUACAUCAUCAAACACCUCCCUCUACUCUCAACCAAGUCUACCAUCUGUCCCUUCCCUAACACCACCUCCACAACAAAAUGAAUCCACUGCCGCCGCCGCCAACCACCACUGCUUGUCCACCCUCAAAGGCCCCUCCUACGUCUUCGCCCUCUCCCUCGCCGGAAAACACCUCUACACCGGCUACUCCAACAGCGAUAUUAAUGUAUGCAGCCGUGAUCCAUCUACCCUCAAUCAUUCGACUAUGGUAGCAACCGGCCACAGCGCGGUCAAGUCCAUGGUAGUAUUGGGUGACAAGCUGUUCAGUGCACACCAAGACCACAAAAUUCGUGUCUGGAAGGUCGAUAAUGACACUCCAAACCACAGAUACAAGUGCUUGGCCGUGCUACCAACGUUCAAUGACCGCGCCAUGAGGCUCUUCUCGGCCAAGAACUACGUCCAAGUCCGCCGGCACAAGAAGUGUACAUGGGUUCACCAUGUCGACACCAUAUCAGCACUUGCUCUAUCCAAAGAUGGCUCUGUUUUGUACUCUGUUUCUUGGGACCGGACGUUCAAAGUGUGGCGAACAUCAGAUUUUAAGUGUUUGGAGUCCGUUUGGAAUGCCCACGACGACGCCAUCAACGCUCUGGUCUUGUCGAAUGAUGGGUUUGUUUACACUGGUUCGGCUGAUAGGAAGAUAAAGGUAUGGAAGAAAAAUGAAGGAGAGAAGAAACAUGAACUUGUUGAUACAUUAGAGAAGCAUAAGUCAGCUGUUAAUGCUUUGGCUCUAAGCAAUGAUGGGAGUGUGCUUUAUUCUGGCGCAUGCGACCGGUCGAUAAUGGUGUGGGAGAGAGAUGGUGGUAGUGGUGGUGGUGGAGGAGGGCAUAUGGUGGUGGCAGGUGCACUUAGAGGGCAUACUAAGGCUAUACUGUGCUUGGCGGUUGUGUCAGAUUUGGUGUGCAGUGGGUCAGCGGAUAAAACAGUUAGGGUUUGGAAGAGAGGGGUUGGGAGGAGUUAUUCUUGUUUGGCAGUGUUGGAGGGGCAUAAUGGUCCUGUCAAGUCUUUGACUGUAGCUAUAGAUAAUAAAAACUCUUCCGGAUCUGGGAUUUCUUAUUUGGUUUACAGUGGGAGUUUGGAUUGUGAUAUUAAGGUUUGGCAAAUAUGGGUACCCUUUUGAUGAUAUUCCUUUCCUUUUAAUUUUUUAAUUUUAUUCUUUUUUUUCUAUGAUUUUGUACAUUAUACUGAGAAAGUUAUACUAGAAUAUUGUUUCUUAAUUUAAAAGGUUGAGCUGCAACAGUAUUGGUGUACUUUUGACUGUAGAGUCUGGACAUAGGAAUAUAUAAAGAAUAAUACUAAUUGCCUUAGUUGGCAGAAGAAGAAAUCUCCUUCUUAUAACAAGGUGACCCAACAAAAUAUCAAGAAGCAUUGUUCAUAUAUAAAUGAGUGAUAUAUUUUUGGUAAAAUUUCAAAAAAAAAAAAAUCCUCAAUCAUUACUAAAAUUACAAAUACUUCCUAAACUAUUUGGGUUGCAAAUCGAACCCUCAACUGUAAAAAGGUUGCAAAAAGGACCCUCUUGAUCACUUGACUACAUUUUUGGGCGACUAGAGGGUCAAAAUUACCAAAAUACCCCCACCCACUUAUUAAUUUAUAUAAAAAUGGUAA